GCACUUGUUUGUUUUGUUUACAAUUACUCGGACCAGAGCUAGGAUUACUUGGAGAUUCGCCCUGAAAAACGUGGUCUACUGGACAGUGGAGCAGUGCACCGCCCCGGGGAGAACGCCCCAUGAGCAGUCUUCCGCAGAAAUCAGAGCCGAGAAUAGCUAUUUAUGGCUUCGAAUGCGCAACUCGGAAAACUAAUUUUGAUAGCCGCAAUCGCCGUGUUCUUCUACUACUUCUUCUGGGUGGCCGUCCUCCCGUUUAUGCUCAUCGAUGAAGGUAAUCCCAUUCGACUGUUCUUUCCACCGCUGAAGUACGCUUUCAUAGUGCCCACUGUGUUCGGGGUAAUCUUCCUCGGCGGCAUCGCCGCGUUCUCCUUCUACCACAUCUGGAGCCUGAGGGUGAAGCGCGAUUAAGGGGGUUAUCCAGGGGUUAUCAGCCCCGAACGUA